AGAACACUUCCUUCACCUUCAGGCAGUCUUCAUAUCAACUCCACUCCUGGAAAUACAAACCUUAUAUAAAACCAGAACUUUCACUUCCUUCGGACCAAACUUUCCAGGGCCCUGGAACUGCAACAUGGGUUCCCUCAAAACCCAGAAACCCCACGUCGUGCUGGUUCCAUACCCAGCCCAAGGCCAUGUCACCCCCUUCAUGACCCUCGGCAAGCUUCUCCACGCCAGAGGCUUCUACGUCACCUUCGUCAACACGGAGUUCAACCACGGCCGUUUAAUCCGGUCCAGGGGCCGGGAAUCCGUAGCGGGCCUCCCUGAUUUCAGGUUCGAAACGAUCCCCGACGGGCUGCCGCCGUCGGUCGAGGACGCAACGCAGGAUGUUCCGGCGCUGUGCGACUCUACGAGGAAGAACUGUCUGGGGCCGUUCAGGGAGCUGCUUUCCAGGCUCAGUGAGAGGGCUAAUGUGCCGCCUGUUUCGUGCGUGGUUUCUGACGGGGUUAUGAGUUUCGGAAUGAGAGCUGCUGAGGAGAUGGGGAUUCCUGAGGUUCAGUUCUGGACUGCUUCUGUUUGUGCUUUCAUUGGGUACUUGAACUUCCGUGAGAUUCUCAGAAGAGGGAUUUCUCCAUUUAAGAACGACGAUUAUAUCACUGAUGGCACACUAGACAACCCUGUCGAUUGGAUCACCGGCCUGCACGACGUUCGCCUGAGGGACCUGCCGAGCUUCAUCCGAACAACGGACCCCAACGACAUAAUGUUCGACUUCAUGGGAGAAGAAGCGCAGAACUGCCUGAAUGCCCCAGCCAUAAUCUUCAACACCUUUGAUGAUUUCGAAAAAGAAGCCUUAGAGGCCGUAGUGUCGAAAUUCAACUUCCCAAACAUAUACACAAUCGGCCCUCUUCCCCUUCUCGCCCGGCACAUGCCCGAAACGGAAGCCAACACUCUUAGCUCAAGUCUAUGGAAGCCCGACCCAAAAGUCUUCGACUGGCUCGACAGGCAAAAGCCUUUGUCAGUCGUGUACGUGAACUACGGGAGCGUGACAACGAUGACAGGCCAACACUUGCAAGAAUUCGCAUGGGGGCUAGCAAAAAGCCAGCAGCCGUUUUUGUGGGUCGUUAGGCCUGACGUUGUGAGAGGCGAGUCGGCAGCACUGCCUGAGGAGUUUCUUGAGGAGUCUAAGGCUAGAGGACUAUUAGUAAGUUGGUGUGCUCAAGAUCAGGUUCUAGCCCACAAAGCUGUUGGUGCGUUCUUGACACACUGCGGAUGGAACUCGAUGAUGGAAAGCGUGUGUCGUGGUGUGCCGGUCAUCUGCUGGCCAUUUUUCGCCGACCAGCAAACGAAUUGUCACUAUUCGUGCACGAAAUGGGGGAUCGGGAUGGAGAUCAACCAUGAUGUGAAGAGGGAUGAAGUGGCUGAGUUGGUUAAGGAAAUGAUGGAAGGAGAGAAAGGCAAGAGAAUGAGGAUGAAAGCUCAAGAGUGGAAGAAAAUAGCAGAAGCAGCUACUGAUGCUGGAGGAAUGUCUUAUCUCAACUUUGAUAAGUUCAUCAAAAAGGGUCUUCAUUUUGAGGAUUGAUCACUGCAUGUUUCCGACAUUAGUGUCUGUGUACGAAAGUAAGAUUCUUGUUUAUGGCUUUGGCUAUUGUUGUUUGAUGAACUGUUUUGAUCACACAGCUCACCGAAUUGUCUGAUUUGGAAGUAUGUUUGUAAUAAAACAAUUUUCAUUAAUCAACUAAUGAAUGCCCUG